CCUUACCCCACAGCAUGUCAGCGCCGCGCGGCUUUACAGAUACCUCAACGCCACGCGUCUUUUUACUCUCCCCUGAUAACUACAAUAAACAUGUUCGUCGCUCGUCGUCCCCAGCCCCGAUCGCGGACGGACGUGCGGAAGGAUUUUCCAGUGGGUGGAUAUUGUUCAUAGCGCUAGCAUAAAACCGCAAUGACACGAAAUCACGAUGCGUGAAUACGGUGCUCAAGGACUGCUCGUGUACAACGGCUCGAGCUCAUGGUGCUCUCAUGCGCAUCGACGUCGACGCUCUUGCCCGCGUCCAUGCGUCCAUUCCCCCAACCUCCCUCCCGACUCUUCGAAAGAAAUAUCUUCACAACAGCUUACGCAUGUACAGUUUGAAUGCGGGAGGCACCAUCAUCGGCGUCGUGCUCUGAAGACCAAGCAGCGCUUCAAAGGAAAGCUGGGUCCUAACGGCGAGCGACCAUGUCCCGGCGAGCGACGCUGACCUUCAAUGAAAACCUAGCCGAGCUGUGCGUGCGAAGGACGCAGCACUACGCCAGCGCGAAUGCGGGUUGCAGGACGAACGGAAGGGCGCGAGCGCUACUCUGCAGGACUCAUGCCCCUCACCUCAUUCUUUCUCCCCUCGUCCCCUUGUCAUCCUACGCUCACCCAAUGUCCGUCUCGUCAUCCUCCUACGCGCAUCCCCUCUCAAUUCAUCCUCUCCUCCUCUACCCCCAUCCCUUCCUCUACCCCCGCUUCCGUUUCUUCCAUUCUCCCCCCUCCCUUGCUCACUCCCUUCUUUCCUCCCUCGCUCGCUUGCUUCUUUUCCGCUCUAUCCCUUUCCCGUUCCCCUCUCGCCAUCGCUCUCUCUCGAACUCACCACCGCGCUCUCUCCGAACUCACUACCCCUUUUCCAUCUCAUCUUUCUCUUACCUGCCCUCGGGUCUAUGUUCAUGAAUACAGAAUAUGGCGGCUCUUGAUACGGAAUUUGGUGGCGAAUCUCUCUCGAACUCGUACGGCGGUGCAGGAGAGCUCGUACGGCGGGCGGUGGGCCGGUUUGUGCAACGGGUGGUGGACUAGUUUCUGCAACGGGCGGUGGGACAGCUUGUGCAACGAGCGACGGAGCACCUCGUGAAGCGAGCGGCGGGGUACUACACAUCAUCGAGCAUCGGCGGG